CUUUUCCACACUUUUAAAAAGUGCAUCUAUGCAACUGUUAAAAACAAGGUAACUUCUUAUUCCAAUAAGGUAAACCAACACAUUUUAAAGUGGUGUUAUGCAUCAUUUUGAAUAAGAGUAUAGAAUGUGCUGAGUAUAUCAGUUUCCCUGCAGAGCCAUGUCUAACCACCCCCACGUAGCAGCUCCUCCUUCACCACUCAGGUACUUCCUCACCUGAAGGUCCAACCUCUCUCAAGUGCACUUCUCUGCCGCUGAGGAUGUCGUUCAUCGUCAAGACCUUCUAUGACCUGAAGGCCACCACGCUGGAGGGCGACCUGGUGGACUUCAACGUGUUCCGAGGGCGGGUGGUGCUGAUAGAGAAUGUGGCCUCGCUCUGAGGCACCACCAGCCAGGACUUCAGCCAGCUCAACCAUCUCCAGAGCAAGUAUCCACAUCGGCUGGUGGUCCUGGCAUUCCCCUGUAACCAGUUUGGAUAUCAGGAGAAUUGUACCAAUGCUGAGAUCCUAAAUUCACUCCAACAUGUACGUCCAGGAGGAGGAUUCCAACCUAACUUCACCGUCUUUGAGAAGUGUGACGUGAACGGAUCAAACACUCAUCCCGUCUUCGCCUAUCUCAAAGACAAACUCCCAUAUCCUGAAGAUGACCCCACAUCUCUCAUGCAGGACCCCAAAUAUUUGGUUUGGAGUCCUGUCAAUAGGACGGACGUGUCCUGGAACUUUGAAAAGUUCCUCAUAGCACCCGAGGGAGAGCCGUUUAAAAGAUACAGCAAAACGUUCCCCACCGUUAACAUAGAGCCUGAUAUUAAGAGAUUAUUAAAACUAACCAAAACUUGAGAAUGAGGACUUUUUAAUCCACAUGUUUGAGUCUUAUUUCAUGAAGGUGAUAUUUUUUAAAAACAAAAGACUUAUCAUCUGAUGCUCCAUAAGUGCUUAAAGGUGGUGGAUGCAUAAAGUCAACCCCUCUGUUCUCAAUUGAGCUAAUAAAGUAAAUGUGUUAUGUGUUUGCCUAGCCAGCAGAUGGGGCUAUACACUUGAUUAAACAGAUACGAUGCUGCAAUGCUUUUAAUCAACAUUCACCUCACACACUUGCAAGAUUAUGGCUUGCAGGAAGAUGUUUC